AUAAGCUGUCGUCUAUUUUUGGAAUGUGUAGUAGCCAUUUUCCCCCUCGUCUCUCGGAAUUCAUCUCCUUCUGAGUUGAUGUUAAUUUGAGGUUGAUGGUUGUGUUUUAUUUAUGUAAUGAGGGAGGUUCGUCCGAGCUGUCAGCAUCAUAGCGGGAGCGGGUAUUAACAGCCUUGAUCGUAUAGAUUUUCGGUUCUCAAUGGAAGACAUCUUCCCCCUCACUGCGAGUGAAGCACAUUUCGCAUCUGUUCCGCAUCUGUAUUUCCACCGACGAGCGAGAGACUUGCAUUAUUCCUGAAUGAAGAUUUAGAUCGCCAAAGUCGCCCACCAGGAGAACCUGUAGGCCUAACGCUGGGUUAUUUUCACUGAUUGUGGGCCACGUUGGACCGAACCGUCUUCACGCCCAGGAACCCUGGACAGCUCCGAGCAACACGCUUAUGUCGGCGGCCGAGGUGUGAAAAUCAACCGAGAACAGGCUGAGAGCAGUCACAUUUUGACCGCAUUUACCUGGUAGAAAAGGGUCAAGGUGUGAGUCUACAUGGAUUUGAUAAGAAGACUCGAUUAAUUUAAAGGUUAGGCUUCCUCCCAAGGUGAAACACCUCAGUUCUUCCAAAGCUCUUUGUUUGUUCCAAUCAGAGAACUUGUUCCCCACGGCUCCCUACUUCAUCCCUCCUCGUUCCUUCUGAUAACCCACACUAAACAUCAUGGGAACGGUACUGUCACUGUCCCCAAGCUACCGCAAGGCGGCGCUGUUUGAGGAUGGCCCGGCCACAGUGGGCCACUACACGGCUGUCCAGAACAGUAAGAACGCUAAGGACACUGCCACCGCUGCUGCGAAGAGCCUCAAACGCCCCUCCAUCAUUAGCGUGCUGCCAUGGAAACGCAUCGUGGCUGUGUCAGCGAAGAGGAAGGGCUCCAAGAAGCUGCCAUUGGACGGUGGGGACGCGGGAAAGGGGAGCUCUCCGGAUGGCCACACAGCGGCCUCCACCAACUCAGCCUCCAACAGCCUGAAGCUGAAGAAGUCCCAAUCCUGCGCCAACCUGUCGUCUUACUCAUCCAGCAAGGACCCCUCGGCCACCACCACCACUACCUCCUCUCACCUGCCCACCUCCAAGACCCUGGCCAACGUAGCUACUGUUGCCACCAAGAAGAACUCCCUCACAGGCUCUGGGAUCCAGUCGUCCAAUGCAGCUGGCACGCCGAAACGCGUCAUCGUCCAGGCCUCCACCAGUGAGCUGAUGCGCAGCCUGGGUGAGUUCCUGUGCCGCCGGUGCUACCGUCUGAAGCGUUUAUCCCCAACGGACCCAGUGCUGUGGCUGCGCAGCGUGGACCGCUCUCUCCUCCUGCAGGGCUGGCAGGACCAGGGCUUCAUUACCCCCGCCAACGUGGUUUUCCUCUACAUGCUGUGCCGUGAUGUGGUCUCUGCUGAGGUGGCUUCUGAGCGCGAGCUGCAGGCCUCGCUACUCACCUGCCUGUACCUGUCCUACUCCUACAUGGGCAACGAGAUCUCUUACCCGCUGAAGCCCUUCCUGGUCGAGGCGGAGAAGGAGGCCUUCUGGGACCGCUGCCUGGAGAUCAUCAACCGUAUGAGCGGCAAGAUGCUCCAGAUCAACACCGACCCGCACUUCUUCACCCAGGUGUUUGCUGACCUGAAGAAUGAGAGCAAGAAAGAGGAGGAGAAGACCAGGCUCCUCAUUGGUCUUGACCGAUAAGAGGAACCUGGAAGGGGGGGAGGGAGGUAAUGGGAUUGAUGGAGUUAAUAGGGUGAGGAUGCAUGAAAGGAUGGAUGGGUAGCUGGUUGUGGAUGCAGUGUAGCACUACAGUUUAUCAGCACUGUUGUCUGGCGUCUCUAAUGUUUUAAGUAUAACCAAAUUUCCUGUUGAUGUGCUGUGUACAAAACCGAACAAAGAGCAAUAUAAAUACGGCAUUUAAAUAAUUUUGGAUUGGGUAAUGAAGCACUUAAGCACUAACAGGCUAUCAGAUGGAGGCAGUAACCGAUCUCCUGUGUCUUGCCUCGAGGCAGCAAUUAGUCUCUGGAGCAUUUUUACAAUCACAGCGCAGAUCGAAAUCAUCGUGCUGGACACACCAUCAGCCACAUUAUCUCAAACAACUUGAUCUGAUUAGAUUCUCAAGACUGAGAGGUAACUUGUUUACAUCAAAUGUCUGAGCCUGCUUGGCUCAGAAUAUGAGGCUUUGAAAGAGAUAUGAUCAUAAGUGUGUCAAGACUGAUGUAACAGACAAUAAAAACAGAAGGUCAUUUAUUAUCAAACACCUGGCCUUCUUUCAUGAUAUGACAGUAAUAGCCUGUGAGAAAGAGACAUGAUCUUUGUGAUAUUUAUUUUUUACCUCAGGCCAUGAGGCACACCUCAGUCUGACCUAUUCAUUGCUUUUGUGGAAUAAAUAAUGAUAUGCUCCCAUUGAAGUAGCAAGUAUUUUUCUAUCUUUAAAUAACAAAUGAAGAGAUUGGAAACGCCAGUCAAUAUGUCUGUAAACUGCUCAUGUACAUAUUUAAUGGGUUAUAUAAUGAUUAUAAAGAUUCAGGAUAUAAAGACAACAGAAGAGGCAAAUAAAGAACUAGUCAGUGUGAUAGUAUCCAGGCAUUGUGACAAUAGAGGAAUGUCAGGGUAGCAGAGCGAUAAUGAAAAACGAUAACCACAUUGCAUGAGACCACUUCAUGUCCUUGCAUAGUGAAGCCCACACUUGAUCACCUGCAUAUUGCCAACUCCCCUUUACCUUAUUCCUUAUAUUGUCCUGCCCAAGCUUAUUGCACUCACACAACGCUAGCAAUGCGGAGCACUGGUGAAAUUUCCAAAAAAGAAAAAAAAAAAAACAAACAAUAACAACAUUUAGGGCACAUUUUUUGGAAAAGUGGGUUAAGUCAAUCAAGCACAGAAAAUCAACAGUAAGAAAAUCUGCUUUAAAUUGGGACACCAGCUAUUUAUUUUUAGAGUAUGAAAAUGUAAUCCCUUGAACACUGAUUAACGAUCAGUAAGCACGGCCUAAGCUGUUUACAUCUACUAAAACACAGGAAAAUGUAAUACUGACCCCAGACAAGAUGUUCAGCAAAGAAUUAAUUCAUUCCUUUCUGUUUACCUGCAUUUUGUCCAGCUGUCUAUAUUGGUGCUGUCCUAAUGCUUAGCCACAUUUGAACAUUAUAUACAGGUGACUGUCAGUUUCCACCCACUGAUAGAGAGACAGAAGCAGAGAAAAAGAAAGAAAGAAAGAAAGAAAGAAAGAAAGAAAGAAAGAAAGAAAGAAAGAAAGAAAGAAAAAAUGAAAAUGAUUUCACUCCCAAAUUUACUCUGUGCUUUGCAGUAUCACCGAGAAUGCUGAUUCUCACCUACACUUUUCAUUUCCAUCUCAAAUCAUUGUGCUUAUGUCGUGCACUUCACGCAGAAUGACGGAUGAGUGGUGCUGGGACAUGGAGGACAGGCUUCUGGGCCUGGGAGAAUAGAUCAUGUGAUUCCUCCUGACCAAUGGCUACACAAGUCCAGGUGAAAGAAAAUGUGAUUAUAUCCCAAGUGAAAGAGAUUCGAGUGACUACUGUAGGUGAAGGCAGGGGCGGAUCUGACUUUUCUUCCACCGCAACACUUUGAUGUUGCUGUCGACUCUUGACUCGAGGGACCAUCGCUGCUGUUUGAAGUGUCGCCCCUUGCCCCCCCUACCUCAUUACUCUCUACAGCAAACUGACAAACAAAACAAAAAAACAGAUUCUCUCUAUGUCCAUCUGGUCCAAUCUGGUCCAAACCAGUCCUGUCCUGUCUGGUGCGGCCCAGUCUAGUCAUCCCAUAUUAGAGACUCUCUGGCCUGCUGAUCUGAUGGCUCUUAUUUCUUCACUGAAUUGUGUUGACAUGCAUGUGUGCUUCUAUAGGUUUCCUUGCAUGCUGCUUUGUGUUGGACACACCACAACAUGCAUUGCAGAAGAGACUAAGUGGUGGCCACACCGAACUGAAAAAAGCUAGACUUAGUGAUGUGACAUCCUAAAGAUGACAGAAUUUGGGUUCUCAUUCGGCUUGCUUUCGCAGCUUUGCACAAGAAAUCUCUAAUGAAGGGAACAUGUCAAGAAAACUUAUUUUUAACCCAGUGGAAGCUACUGUACAAGUUUAGCCCAUAUUAGCGCAGUUUGGUUUCCAUGCUGGGUUUGGUCUUGGUUCUGUGGUGCUUGGGGGCCUGUUUCCCUCUAAAAUUUAAAUAAUAAACCCUUUCGCUUUGCAUAACUACCAAAGCUCAGUUAUUGAGAGGCUAUGUGACCUGCAAAUUCCUGAAGGCAUGCCCAUCACAACCAACAGAGGAAAAGUGAGGCAAAGAUGUAAAAAGUUGCACCUCUACAGUGCAUACAGGCAGGUAUCCUGUCUGAAGUCAAAGAAAUGCCUAAGUAAACAUCUUCCCGAUGGAUAUAAUGCUGUUUCUGCAUCCAAAUAAAACACAGUCAGUUCCACUCAUGAGCUGGAAAUAUUUCUUGUCCAUCAGCUCAUACCUUUUAAUUUUAAAAUCCCAUUGCUGAACAUGAGCAUGCUGCUGGUCAUAACUAAACCUCAGACUUCAAUUUUUGGUGAUUCAAGGCUUUUACUUGAACCAAAGGAUUAAAUAAUUCUCUUGAGACUUGUUUUAUUAUGUUUGGACUCAGAAACCCCUCACAUAGUCUGUUUUAUUAAGUCAAAGAUGUAUUUUUGUGAAUCUAAACUGAGCACUGUUUUUCUUAUUUUUUGACAGGAUGUUUUUUAAAUGCAAUGCAGCAGUCCUCAUCAUGUUCCCUCCAGAGAGAUUCCUUGCCUUCAUAAUGUCACAUUACUUAGCCUGCCUGUAGCCAACAAACUGUCUUCAGUUUUAGAAAAGUCCCACCUUCUCAAAGAGGGUGGAGAUCUUGUGCCAUAAUGUUCUAAAAGACUCCAUGUUUUUAAAUAGAAACCAACAAAACAAAAUGCUCUAUGAACCAACACUACAAGUCUCUGACUGCUGAACAAGAAAGACUAUUUCAGUACGCAAUCAUGCAUACAUUUUUCUCUACUUUGUUACAUGUCUGAGAUGAGGACAAAAAUGACUUGUUGAUAUAGCAAGGACAUGGAUGGCCAGAGUAAAGAUGGAUUAAAGUGAAUGCGUCACUUUGCAAACCAAAACUGGAGUCUCAUCAAUGCCGGAGGCCUCGUCAACAUUCUGUUAGCAACUUAAUAACUUAUUGAAAACAGUUAUCUGUUUGCCUUUCUAGUGGCAGAACAGCACAUAAAAGUUUUUCCUCAUUCAUCAACAGAGAAUUUAACAGCUUAGUAGUGAACAUAACAGAGUGCCAUGAACGUCUCCACUGUUGGCUGGGUGUCUCCAAAUGACGGGUGAUGUAUUAACUCUGGUUGUGUUUAUGUAUAGCUAAAGACCAACUGGGCUGCAGAAGGUAUUGUGCUGUAAAA